CAACAUGCGCAGCAGGUGCGCGUUAUAUAGAACGUCCGUCCGCAGAACACGAAAAGAUCGGAGAGAAUGGCGGAGCCUCAGCUGGCAGAAGACGGGGUGGAGGAGGGACAGGUGCAAAAGAAGAAGUACCUCAACGAGCAGGCGCAGGGACUCGAGAAGGUCACUGACUACGUGGAGGAACAGGACAUAUCGGGACUACAAAAUGCAGUGACCAAUAUCGAAGACGACAUGACCAACAAAAGAGAGGAGAAAGCGAAGAGGGAGAAAGAGUUGGCAAAAGUGGUGGUGAAAAAAGAAGACAUUGAACUGAUUGUCAGGGAGCUCGAGAUAUCAAAGUCAGCAGCAGAAAGGAGUCUCAGAGAACACAAGGGGAAUCUUAUCAAGGCCCUACAUUCACUGACAGACUAGGCCUUGAAUCAUUACAUGUUUUUGCACAACCAGUUUCACGGUUUGCGCAUGCGUGUCAACGAAAACCACGCCCCCUACUCCGAAUGAAGCCUGAGUUUAGUUUACGGAGAUGACGAGUUCUGGAAGAGCUCGCUCGCUCUUGCCGGUGUCCCUGGAGACGGCGCCCAACUACCUGAGCCUCGCCUACCGAGAACUGACGGAAAUCCCUCGCGAGGUGUCCGCGGGACUCGCGAGCGUCGAGAUUCUCGACCUUAGCCACAACAACAUCUCAGAUCUGCGGUGUCUGAGUGGACUGGACAGACUCACCACUCUAAAUCUGGAUUCAAACCGGCUUGACUCGCACGCCAAGUUCCCCAGCCUGCUCAACCUGCGCGUCCUCUGGGUGAACAGGAACGACGUUACGAACCUGUCGCUGUUUGUCGAGAACUUGGCGGUGUCUUGCCCCAGGCUAUCGCACCUGUCAAUGAUGAACAAUGCAGCUGCUCCCAGUUACUUCAACGGAGGCUCCAGGCAGGAAUAUUAUGACUAUAGACAUUACGUCAUCAGUCACUGGCCCCAUUUGGGUUACCUUGACGACACCGCAGUGGGUCAGGAUGAGAGGGCGGAGUCUCAGAAGAUAUACGGAAGACGAAGAGCAAAAGUUUCGUCAAUAUCAUAUUCUGGUGUCCCGCCACAUGUAAGAGAGGGGAGAGGGAGAGGGGGGAGAGAAAGACAUUGUGUGUGAAAACCAUGAGGUAGAAAGGCAAAGGCACAACAAACAAAUCAACUACACCCAGGACAGCUCUUUUUUUCAAGGAAAAAUAAAGAGCUGCCCUGGGAGGGAUUCAAACCCACGACACUCUGCAGUCUAGGCGAGUGCUCUACCAACUGAGCUACCAAGGCAACUCAGCUGGUAGGGGUUCAAAUCUACAACACAACACAACACAAGGCAAACCUCAAACCACUGUGCUAUGGCACAGUAUACUCUCACUUAGCAUGCAUGCAUGGGAGAUAGUGCAGGGAGAGUUAGGAAAAAA